GCGCCCAAGGUGCGGGUGGAGAGGGUAGCUUGUGACCCGCCUUCGAUCUGCCAUCUUGGAUUUUGCGUCAAGAUGAUGGUGCCGAAGAGUGAAGUCAACCCACCUCGUAGACUAGCGUGAGAUUCUGCGUUGACGUUAGCGCGUUCUCACGUCCGGAAGUGUGUCGGUAGGGACGGGGCGUGGUUGGAUUGAGCCGCGGCGGCGGCCCUGGGCAGUGGGUUCUCCGACGUGGACAGCGGUAGCUACCGAGGAGCCGUGGGGCGAUGGCGGCGGCUAGCGCGGAGCUGCAGGGGAAGUACCAGAAACUGGCUCAGGAGUAUUCGAAGCUUCGAGCUCAGAAUCAGGUGCUGAAAAAAGGUGUCAUGGAUGAGCAAGCAAAUUCUGCUUCUCUGAAGGAACAACUGAAGAUGAGGGACCAAUCAUUGAGAAAACUGCAACAAGAAAUGGACAGUUUGACAUUUCGAAAUCAACAGCUUGCAAAGAGGGUGGAACUGCUUCAGGAUGAACUUGCCUUAAGUGAAGCCAAGGGCAAGAAGAACAAGAAAAGUGGAGAAUCUUCAUCUCAGUUGAGUCAAGAGCAGAAGAGUGUCUUUGAUGAAGAUCUUCAAAAGAAGAUAGAGGAGAAUGAACGAUUACAUAUACAAUUCUUUGAAGCAGAUGAGCAGCACAAACGUUUGGAAUCUGAGCUGAAAAAUAGACUUGAGGUUUUGGAAACAGAUGCUGCCCAGCAUCAAGCAGUGGUGGAUAGUUUAACCCGGAAAUACAUUGAUACCAUAGAAAAACUGCAGAAUGAUAAAACCAAAUUAGAAAUCAAGUCUCAGACACUAGAAAGAGAAGCUAAGGAAUGUAGAUUUCGAGCGGAAGAAUGUCAGCAGCAGUUAAAGAACCUUCAUGCAGAUUUGGGUCGGCGAUUGGAUGACUCUUUAUGCAUAAUCAAUGAAAAAGUACCUUUCAAUGACACAAGAUCUAGUCAAUAUAAUGCUCUUAAUGUACCAUUACACAAUAGAAGAUGUCAGCUGAAGUUGCGGGACAUUGCUGGUCAGGCUUUGGCUUUCGUUCAGGAUCUUGUGACAGCACUUCUGAACUUUCACACUUACAUGGAACAGAGAGUCCAGAUUUUUCCCAUUGAUUCUGCCACUGAUACUAUAUCACCAUUAAAUCAGAAGUUCUCACAGUAUCUUCAUGAGAAUGCAUCCUAUGUUCGUCCUCUGGAGGAAGGAAUGCUUCACUUGUUUGAGAGUAUUACAGAAGAUACAGUGACUGUGCUGGAAACAACUGUGAAAUUGAAGGUCUUUUCUGAACAUUUAACUUCCUACACAUGUUUUCUCAGGAAGAUUCUUCCUUAUCAGUUAAAAAGUUUGGAAGAAGAGUGUGAAUCUUCUCUUUGCACAGCUGCUUUAAGAGCCAGGAAUCUGGAGCUCCACAAUGAUAUGAAGAAGAUUACUGCAGUCUUUGAGAAGUUACACGUAUACGUUAGUCUUAUUGUCUUACCAAGUAUAAAACCAGAAGGGCUGCUUCGGACAAAUUACAGUUCAGUAUUCAUACACAUUGCUGCAGGUCUUCAUGGAUUUCAUAAUGUUAUGAAAGAAAUUUCCAAGCACUACAGUCAGAAAGCUGCCUUAGAACACGAGCUUCCAACAGCCACACAGAAACUUAUAACAACAAAUGACUGCAUCUUGUCCUCGGUAGUGGCUUUAACAAAUGGAGCAGGCAAGAUUGCCUCAUUCUUUAGCAACAACUUAGACCACUUCACGGCUUCAUUGAGCUGUGGGCCUAAGGGAGGGACAGAGUUCAUCAGCCCUCUAUCAGCUGAAUGUAUGCUCCAGUACAAGAAGAAAGCAGUUGCCUACAUGAAAUCUUUAAAGAAGCCCUAUUCAGAUUCAGUGCCUUAUGAAGAGGCUUUGGCCAAUCGCAGAGUUCUUCUGAGUUCCACAGAAAGUAGAGAAGGUCUUGCACAACAGGUCCAGCAAAGUUUGGAGAAGAUUGCAAAACUGGAGCAGGAAAAGGAACAUUGGAUGCUUGAGGCCCAGCUAGCCAAAAUUAAGUUAGAGAAAGAAAACCAGAAGCUAAAGAGCUCACUUAGUGGACAGUUGAUUGAGCCUAUGCCAGAAAAUUCUGUUCUGCUGAAUGCAGCCGAAGGAGAGAGAGAAGAAGCCAUAAAAAAGACUUCAAGGGAGCCUGUUAAAAGAAUGAGUCUGAUUUUUUCCUCUGGUCAGGAAGUGAUUGAUCUGAUAUUUGUUGGCACCGCUUUUGUAUGUAAUUAAGUCUCCCCCUCUCUUGACAAUCAGGCCAUGGAUUCUGGCUAAAUCUAAGGUAUCCUCACCUCAUUUGUGGUUCCAAAGCCUUGUCCUCUGUGACAGUUGUCAUACCCUUCUCUAUGUUCUCCCCCAUGUCUGUUGAGAUCUGCUCCGAUAAUCAAGUACUUAGCUUGUGGUAUUUCACUUAUUUGGUCCAGCUUGAUCUGGAAUUCCUCCUUCUCCUCAAUCGUAAAACCAACCUGUGGCGCAUAUCCACGUAUAACAUUAAAUAUUUAUUCUAACUUUUAUUAGCUGGUCACUCUUCCUUUCGACCCUCUCCAUUUUGUCUUUUGGAUACAAGCAAUGUGCACUCUCCUUCUUUUCAGUGUCUCAGCUUCUUCUCUUGAUUUCACAGCUCCUUCUUCCCUCAUCCAAAGAAGCCAUAUAUAAAUCUUGGACUCGCUUCUUUAGCUGCAGGAGCCCAGAAUGCAGUAGCCGUUUCCCAUUUUCCACAGCUGUUGGGCAAAGUGGGUGCAUGCUGCUUCCGGGGGACGCCCUACCAUUUUACUGAUAUAUUACUUGAAGAUGAAGACCCAUAAAGCAUGUGUGAUAAGUAGGUUUGGCAGAAUUCAGGGUUUUUUUUAAUAUAAUUUAUAAAAUCAGUUUUUUUUUUUAACUUUUUAAUUUUUAUCAAUUUAAAUUUUCGCAGUGGGAAAUUGAGGGGUGUCAUGAUGGGAUGGAAAAUAAUUAUUUAAAAACGGAGUUUGAGGUUCAAAGUUAAAACUUGAUGACCUUUAAAACACACAUUGUCAACAUCACAUGUCAAAAUAAGUAAAUGUGUAUAUAUUCCAGGCACAGUUUUGUUUGGCCUGUAGCUUCUGGGAACAUUUCUGUUAGCCUUCUAGAGCCAAUUACAUACCUUUAAAGAAACUAGAAGUCCCAUCUUUAUCUUUGCCAGAAAGAACCUUUCCUACAUAGCUGGGCUAGCCUGGGUUAAAGAAGAUGUUUAAAAGCAGAAAGUAACAAUUAGGAACAUCCUCUGGAAUCUGACAUGGAGGCCUGGUGCAUCUUUGUUGGGACAGAACUAUGGGGAAAGCCAAAAGAGCACAACCUCCAAGAUGCUAGGGCUCUGCAAAAUAGAAGAGGACAAACAAGUAGGCUUAAAAGUUACUCUAAAAAAAGUUAGGCAGAUGCAUGCUCUGUGUUGUGCCCAAAUGGGAAAAAGCUCUGCAUUACCUUUCCAUAGCUGACUCCAAAUUUCACUGAUUUUCCGUGUCCUUCAGCCUCAUCUGUGUAAAGUAUGUUCCUAAAUUGCAUUUGCACCCUAGAAUAAGCUUAUAAAGAUUUGUGCUCAUGCCAGCUUUUGAACACUUAGUUCAGGCCUGGUCUACACUACGAGUUUAGGUCGAAUUUAGCAGCGUUAAAUCGAAUUAAGCCUGGGCAUGUCCACACGAC